CAAGAGAGAGACACCUCAUCGCUUUAGAAAAACGUUUUGUUAGACACACACCCACAAAAGACUUCACCUCCUCUUUCUCUCUCUCUCUCUCUCACCGUCGUCAUCUUUCUCAAUCGCACACGAGUAAAAAGCUAUCGAUUGUUCAUCCCGAUUUCAAUCGGAGAGAAACGAACGGAAUCCCAAUCCUCUCUUCUUCAUAAUUCGACUGAUAUCGCGAGACGCGACUGAUCCUCUGUUUUUCUUCUUUUUUUCACUCUCUUUUUGUUUUUUCUGUCAAAUUUGGAGCGAGGACCUCGAAUUCACUCGCAGCUGAUCAGAUGCGAACGUGGCCUCUGUGGAUGAAUCGUUGUCCUAAUUCCCGAUCUUGAAAUCGGUCCAGUUCUGUCUGUAUGUGAGAAUUGUUAUCCGCGGAUGAUCCACUCGUUCAACAAGUUUCAAACUUGAAGGUUGUCGAUACAUAUAUCGAGCAUUUUGAAAAUCUCUACGUUCACAAAGCCUGGCACUGCCUCAUUUAGCAGUGCCCAUGGAUGCCACCGCAAGUGAAAGCCAAGCUAUACAGUACCACGAGAUAUCUGACCAGCCAGUGGCUGCAAUUGUGGCAUCUCCUAUUCGGACAUUUCAACGCCAAACACGGCAUUGCUUUGGGGACACUAUCCCCGGAGAAUUCCCAUUGGCUGCUAGUCCAUCUAUCGUUCUUCAUGUCCUAACAUCAUGUAAUUUCACUCCACAAGAUCUCGCCAAGUUAGAGGCAACCUGUUCCUUCUUCAGGCAACCUGCAAAUUUCGAUCCUGACCGAGAAUUGUCAGUGACAGAGAUUGCUGCUCUGGACAUGUGUCAGAAGAGAGCUAUCUUUAAGCCAAUGACACCUGAAGAGCGACAAGGUUUAAAGAGAAAAUGCGGGGGUUCCUGGAAACUAGUUCUUGGUUUCUUGCUUGCUGGGGAGAUAUGUUGCAGGAGGGAGAAGUCGCAGGCCAUAGCUGGGCCUGGUCAUAGUAUUGCUGUAACAUCUGAAGGAGCGGUGUACACAUUUGGCUCGAACAUCAAUGGGCAAUUGGGACAUGGCACCACCGAAGAGGAAUCACGGCCUCGGCUAAUCAGAUCCCUUCAAGGCGUCCGAAUUAUCCAGGCAGCUGCAGGAGCAGGCAGGACAAUGCUGAUUAGCGAUGCGGGUCAGGUUUAUGCCUUUGGGAAGGACUCAUUCGGCGAAGCAGAAUGGGGGGGCCAAGGAUCUAAUCUUGUCACAACACCACAGCUAGUCGAGUCGUUGAAAGGCAUCUUCGUGGUUCAAGCUGCAAUUGGAAAUUUCUUCACGGCCGUGUUAUCUAGAGAAGGCAGGGUUUACACAUUCUGUUGGGGAACUGAUGGUAAACUUGGACACCACACUGAGCCAAAUGAUGUGGAGCCCCGCCCUUUAUUGGGUGCUCUGGAGAAUGUACCAGUGGUGCAAAUAGCCGCGGGAUAUUGCUACCUUCUUGCAUUGGCUUUUGAGCCUAGUGGCAUGUCAGUGUACUCCGUUGGGUGUGGCUUGGGCGGAAAGCUUGGACACGGUGCAAAGACUGACGAGAAGUACCCUCGCUUGGUCGAACAGUUUCGGCGUUUGAAUGUUCAACCCAUGGUGGUCGCAGCUGGAGCUUGGCAUGCCGCGGUGGUUGGGCGGGAUGGACAGGUCUGCACCUGGGGAUGGGGCCGUUAUGGUUGCUUGGGACAUGGAGAUGAAGAGUGCGAAUUGGCCCCUAAGGUCGUGGAAUCACUGAACAAUAUCAAGGCAGUUCAUGUUGCAACAGGGGAUUAUACAACAUUUGUGGUGUCCGAAGCAGGUGAAGUUUAUUCAUUUGGCUGCGGAGAAUCUGCUAGCCUUGGGCACGUUGCCCUCGUCGAUGGACAGGGAAAUCGGCACACGAACGUGUUGAGCCCCGCGCUCGUGACAUCGCUGAAGCAGGUCAACGAGAGGAUUGUACAGAUUAGCCUAACUAACUCUAUUUACUGGAACGCGCACACGUUUGCACUCACUGAAUCGGGAAAGCUCUACGCUUUCGGAGCAGGAGACAAGGGGCAGCUGGGCAUAGGCCCCAUCGCCAACCAGACCGAAAAGCAAAAUCCCGAGCGGGUCGAGAUAGACCUAAGUUAAGAAACGAACUGAUUUCCCGUUGACAUUCUUUAGCACCAUUUGUGCAUAUCUUCCUGUGUACAUAGGUCCUUAGUCUUUUUAAUCAGGGGUAGGUGGGGACUAUGCAAAUACUGACUUGAUUUUAUUGGGAGAAGAAAAAAAAUGGACUGAUGUUUUAGGGUGUCUGUCUCCAAUUGUGAAUAGUUCAGUUGGAUGCAAAGAUUUGUCAAGUUUCAUUCAAAUGGAUUGAUGAAUUUGAU